GAAAAGACUGAGCGAGUCGAGAUAUUUUGAGAAGCUCCAGAAGCUGCAGGCUGAGCUGUUCAGCUCUGCUGCAGACAUUAUUUGAAAUUCACCAUGACGACAAUGAUAAUAGUUCUGAUUAUCUUGUCUUCCUCGGUCUGCGUUGAAAUCCUUCAACCGCCUUUCGCCAUCAGCCGCGAAAACGACCCGUCCGUCACGCUGACGUGCGAGCAGGACGACGACCAGCACUACUACAUGUACUGGUACAGACGGAGGAGCUCAGGCGGGCUGCAGCUGGUGGCGCUCUCUCACGGUAAAGACACGUGGGACGUGGAACCUCCUUUCAACAAGUCCAGGUUCGCAAUGCGGCGACCCUCCGUCCUGAACUCCGCCCUGCAGAUCCAGCGCCCUGGGGCGGCGGACUCAGCCGUGUAUUAUUGCGCGUCGAGAAGAGCACAGCGACUCAGAAAGCCUCCGCUGCUCAACAACAACCCGGAGAGAUCACAGGAGGGAGGGAGGGAAAAAGGAAGAUUGGUGGAAGGAAAAACUCCAGCAGAUGCCCAGGAUGCAGUAAAAACAAGAAACGAACAUUUAAUCACUGUGACCAACAGAGAACCUGCUUACUUUGGCCAAGGAACCAAACUCACAGUUUUAGAAAAUGGAAUGAAAGUCACUGAACCACAAACGGUGAAAAUCCUUCCACCUUCACCCCACGAGUGCAGAGACCAGAAGAAGAAGAAAGGGGAGAGGAGGAAGACCCUGGUGUGUGUGGCGUCUGGUUUCUACCCGGAUCAUGUCACCGUGUUCUGGCAGCUCAACGGCCAGAAGAUCACUGAUGGUGUGGCGACCGACGCCGCCGCCAAGAGGAAUGAAAUCACAGGACUGUACUCCAUCACCAGCAGGCUGAGGCUGCAGGCCAAGACCUGGUUCAAUCCUGACAUUGAAUUCAGUUGUUACGUCACAUUCUUUAAUGGAACAGACUACAACAACUACAGCAAACUUAUUAAAUCAAAAGAAAUGGAUAGAGGAAUGACACGAGAAAAAUACCUGACAAUUACCCAGAAUGCCAAACUCUCCUACAGCGCCCUGAUCCUGAAGAGCUGCCUCUACGCCGCCUUGGUCUGCUUUCUGGUCUGGAAGCUUCAGAGUUCACCAAGAAAACAGAAGAAGUGAGCGCUGAACUGACGGCUGAGCAAAGUGACAAUCUUCAGGAGAAACUCUCUCUUUCUGGUUCUGUAAAUAAAAUCUCCAGAACACAAACACACUCUGUGUGUGUUUGUGUUUUAUUUGAUUUGAUCUGAUGUGCUGCAUGAUUCUAUUCUAAACACCGUGAUAGUCUGAAGGUUUUUGGAACAACGGAGAUUGUCGUCAUAUUGUCACCUUCCUAAAGUAAUGAUCCAAGUUUUUGUUUUGUUUUUUUUUUUUUGCCAGAAGUGAUUCCCCCUAACCCUAACCCCCCUCCCCCCAAUAAUCUUUUGGCGAAAAAAACCCACCACCUCUUUUUGACAAAAAAUGACUUGGGCCUUAAUUUUACCACGAUGAUGAUAAAGUGCUCUGUAAAGAUUCCCUGACUUGACUUUAAAAGAGAUGAAAAAUCGUCCAAAUCUACAUAACAUUUACGUAUAUUCUUGUUAAAUUAUAAAAGUGCUUAUGUUUCAUAUCCUUUUUAUUAUUUUUGCAGCUUUCUCAAUAAAGAUGUAUGAACUACAUAUUAGGAUUUGCAUCUCUGUCAUUAUUUUCUGCAUUUUCCACAUUUCUCAGCACUUCUUACAGAUACAAUUUCAGACGUGUUUUCUGUGAAGUCAGAUUCAUUUUUUCCAUCACAAAGUUGAAACAACUCAACUCAGGUUUGAGUCAUAAGAUUUUCCACAUUUUUUUAAAUUUUUUUUCCAUUUUGAAUCUUUUAAAAGGUAAAAAAAAUGCUGUAUUUAAAUUUCAUGGAAUGAUUAACAGCUUUAGCUUUACUUUCAUAGUAGUACUUUUUUCAUCCUCUUUGCAUGAACAAAGAGAGAUGGUUGUCACGGUUUCCAUCCUCUGGAUCUUUGUCAGAGAGAGCGUUCUGCAUGUGAGAACAGGAAGUCAGGGUUCUGAUCGGAGCAGAGAAGCAGGUCAGAGCUGCUGCAGAGCGGCAGGAUGCGGUCGCAUGGCGGCCUGCAGCUCCGCCUCUCUGCUGAGAAACAACUGAGGUGAAACCUUCGACCUUCACCGCAGCAUCCGGCUCUACCGUCGCACCUGCAUCACCCCCCCCC